ACUCUUACGGCUCCAGCACUUUAUCGUCCGUGCCUUAAGAUGAGACUUAAACGCUCCCACGGUGACUGGGGGCCACGUGGUUUUAGGUUUUAAUGAUGUCUGAUGGAAACCUCCGUGAUGCGCUCGUUGCCUCAACCGCAGGCCAAUAAGUUAAAAGUGACGCUCCUUGACCCCACUUCCCCCCGUGUCAUUUCAUCCACUUGACGCUCCUGCAAAACCAACCGGGCUUCAUUCCUGAUCAUCACAUCAUACGGCGGAUGGCGUGACGCAUUCCGACGCCCUGCCAAACACCAGCUCGAGCUCCAGAGAGCCGCGGCAGCUCUGCGUGGCCUGCUGUGUCUGUGUUGGGUUGUAGGAUGGUGCUGGGCCACGGCGGCCACCUGAGUGUAAGGAACAGCGUUUGAUUUCCGUGGACGUCGAAGCAGAACAGCCCAACCAUGAGGGACCGCUUGAGCCACCUGCAUGAAAUGUCCAACGGCCACGUGGAGCCGAUGGAAUACGCAGAGUCCACUGCGUCGGAAACUUUCAGCAACGUGGACCUGGAAGAUGAGUUGCCUCAUGAAGCAGUGGUGUUUGACAACAGCCCUGCUUUAGAGGAAGUGUUCGCUCAGUCCCAAGAAAUCCACAAAGAGGUCCAGCUCAUCCGAGUGGAAGUUAAAAGGCUCCGUGAGCAGAACUCCCGCGUGUUCCAGGGAACCACCACCAUGAGCAUUAUUAAUAAAGACUCCAAUGCCAUUGGUGCUGAUAUAAAGGCUCGGGCUGAGAGUGUCCUGGCACACCUGCAGGACAUGGAUGCCUCCGCUCACAAGCUGGAGGAGGCGCACGGAUCCAAUUCUGCCGUCUCACGGAUUGCGAGAACCCAGUAUGCUUGCCUCAGCAACGGCUUCCGUGACGCCAUGUUCGACUACAACGAGGCCGAGAUGAGCCAUCGCGAGAAGUGCAAAGCCCAGAUCCAAAGGCAGAUGGAGAUAGUGGGGCGUGAGGUGACAGGAGAGGAAGUGGAGGAGAUGAUCGAGAAAGGUCAGUGGAACAUCUUUAACGACAACAUUGUGGCGGAAGGGAAAACUGCCCGAUCAGCUCUGUUCCAGAUUGAGAAACGUCACAAGGAGUUGGUGGACCUGGAGAGCCGUAUCAAGGGCAUCCAUGAGAUUUUCUUGGACAUUGCCCUACUGGUGGAGGAGCAGGGCACCAUGAUGGACAGUAUCCAAACUAACAUACAAAAAACUGAUGAAGGGAUAAAGGAUGCCCUUGUUAAACUCGGCAAAGCCAAGCGUCAUGACAGGAACAAUCCUUUUAAAAAGAUGUUUUGCAGUUGCUUUCCAUGCUACAACUAACACACACAUGAUAGAAUUAUUUGUGCCCAGAUUGAGACACAAAAUUUAACAAGUAAAAUAUUUUAAAAUACAUUUUAAGUAUUCCUAUAUGUUCACUACAUCUUAAAUCAGGUGCAAUAUGCAGAUAUCAAGUUAACUGCUAUGAUGCUGAAGAAAAUUAGCAUUUUUUUGGUUAAAAUUAGUUGUUUUCUUUAAUCUGUUGGUGCCUUGGUAUAAAUUAUAUAUAUUUCUGUUUGACCCAAGACUGAAAUAAAGGGAUUUGUACAGCUGCUCUUGGUUUAAGUAAUAAACUGUCUUUGUAUAUCACAAAAAGGAUGAGUUGAUACUUGAACGUUUGUGUUGAGCAGUUUGAACAUUUUCAAAUCCUUCUAUUAAUAUUUACUUCUCUUUGAAGUCCAAAACAAUUUUCUGGGAUUAAAAAUAAAAUAUUAAACUACUAUUGUUAAGAUGUACACUAAUCCCUUUUCCCUACAACAUUUAUGGCUACGUAUAAUGUAUUAUAUCUUUAUUUUUCUGUAUGUUUGUGUGCAUAUAUAAAGGUUAUAAAAAAUAAAACGAUAGGUCAAG